AUGGCUUCAAUGGAGCUCGCACUUGCAGCAUUACGUUCAGCGGAUCCUGGAGAAAAGCCUAAUAUUAGUUUGGUUGCAAGAACAUACGGCGUUAGCCAAUCGGGCCUUUAUAAACGUUUUCACGGCGUUACAGGCUCAAAAGAAGAGCAAUACGACAAGCAACGAAUACUCACCACCACGCAAUCAAGAGCGCUUAUAAAAUGGAUAAAUCAACUCACCGAGCGAGGCCUGCCCCCUACAAAUUCAAUGUUAGCGAACUUUGCAAGAGAAAUAUCUGGUAAAGAGCCUGGGAAAAACUGGGCUUCACGCUGGCUCAAGGCUCAUUCGGAUAAGGUGAUUUCUCGCUAUUCAACGGGCCUUGAUUCGGAUAGAAAAAAGGCAGAUUCGGCAUAUAAAUAUGCUUUAUAUUUUGAGCUUAUUGGACGGAAAAUACAGCAAUAUAACCUCGGCCCAGAGCAAAUCUAUAAUAUGGAUGAGAAGGGCUUCAUGCUUGGAGUAAGCACAAAACGGAAAAGAAUCUUUACUCGGCGCAAAUAUGAGCAAGGGGGCUAUAAGCAGCAUCUUCAGGAUGGAAAUCGAGAAUGGAUUACAACAAUUGGUUGUAUCUGUGCCAAUGGAACUGCUUUAGCGCCUAGUCUUAUUUAUAUGGCAAAAUCGGGCUUUAUACAGGAUUCUUGGCUUCAAGAUUACGAUCCCCAAACACAGAGAUGCUUCUUUGCAGCCUCAGAGUCAGGGUGGACUAAUAAUGAUAUCGGAUAUCGCUGGUUGGUGGAUGUUUUUGAUAAAGAGACAAAAUCUCAAGCAAGCCGGGGAUGGCGCCUUCUUAUCCUCGAUGGGCAUGGAUCCCACGUUACAAUGAAGUUUAUUGAAUACUGCGACUCGAAUCGAAUUCUAUUAGCAAUCUUUCCGGCUCAUGCAACACAUACUUUACAGCCUCUUGAUGUCGCUCUUUUCUCGCCUCUUUCUAACGCUUAUACGAAGCAAUUGGAUGAUUUUAUAAGGGAUAGCCAAGGCUUCACCCGGCUCACUAAACGUGACUUUUUUCGCCUUUUUUGGGCUAGCUGGAAUGAGGUUUUUAUAAGCAAGAAUAUCAAUUCAGCAUUCAGAACGACUGGUCUAUAUCCCUUUGAUCCGGAGAUUGUUAUCAACAAAUUCAACAAGAAAAUCACCAGCCGGCCAUCCUCAAGCGAAUCCGGAGCUUCAAUUAUUCCUCCAGAAGAUUGGAGACGGCUUGAGAAGCUUGUUAAAACUGUUGUUAACAAUAUUUAUGAUGAAAAGGCUGUACAGCUUCGAGAAACGGUGUCACAUCUUUCUACUCAGCUUAUCUUGCUUCAAAAUGAGAAUCAAGGCCUGAAAAGAGCUCUCAUAAAUGCAAAGAAGCCUAAAAACAAGAAACAGCCUUUAUUACUAGGUUUACCAUCAGAACAAGAUGGUGGAGCGCUUUUUAUGAGCCCUACUAAGGUUCAGCAAGCUCGUGAUAUUAUUUCUCAAAAAAAUGACGAAGCCGCGCAGAAGCAGGCUCAUAAAGAUGAUAAAAAGCUUCAACAACAGCUUAAAAAGCAAGCUAGAGAGGCUGAAAAGGUUAAAAGAGCUCAAAUCCGACAAGAAAAACGCGAGCAGCGUGAGCAAGAGGCUGCGGAAAAGCAACGGCUUAAGGACGAGCAAGAAUUGGCUAAGCUAGCUGAUUUACAGCUUCAAAAUGAUGUUAUAUCAACUCCAAAGGCUUCAAAAAGGCCUACAAAGCAAAUUUCUAGGCAAGCAAAGCCAAGAGUGCAACCUGAGGCUCAUGUGGAGGAUAAUGAGGUGGUUGUUACUACAAACCGUAGGGGCCGCGCGAUACGGCCCCCUGCACGUAGGGUUAUUCCUCAGGCGGUGAGGGACGGUAGUCAUCACGUGACCUAUGAUCAUAUUCUUUACAAACACAUUACCAAGUUAGGGAGCCAGCUGCAGGAGGCUCAAGAUCAUCAAUACAGCGCUGAUACGGAUAACGUUGACGCCCUAGAAGACGAGUAUGAAAAUCUCAAAGAACAGCUGAAGCCUGAAGGAACACCGCUGUGCCAUGGUAGAGUUAAUCGAAGAACGUGA